CACACAGCCAACCAGGCAACUAUAGCUAUCAUCCACGCUUCCACAGUUGCUCUCCUUCACCUCGCAUAAACAUCCUACUUCUUGUGGGACAAUUAACGAAGCAAUCGAUACCAACAUGGUUCUUGUGCAAUCUCGACAUCAUCGAUCGCCGCACAAGAUGUAGGCGUUUUCUCUGCCGGGCGAUCGAGGUGCUAGCAAAAUAAUCGAGAUCCAUCUGGAGCUUCUUGUGUUUGCCGGGACUUCAUCGAGAAAUUCACCAUGCCUAGACAGUUCAUUGUUGCGGAGGAUGUUGGAGAGGUGUUACGAAAGAUACUCCAUUAUCUAGAGGAUACGAGCAGUAGUGCACCCAACACCAUCUACUAUGAUGGAUGGGGUGGACUGGGUGCCUCUACGGUGCUUAGAGCUAUAGCCCAAGACCCUCCGUUAUCACUGAUGAAGAAAUUCAGCAAGAUCAUCCAUGUUGAUUGCUCCAAGUGGAAAAGUCGAAGAGCACUCCAGAGAACAAUCGCACAAGAACUCGAGCUUCUUCAAGGGGUAAUGGCUAUUUUUGAUAGACAGGAUGAAGAAGAUGAUUUUAGUGGGAUCGAUGAAGGCUCCAGAGCUGAGAUAGGAUACGUUGGAAGAAGGAUCCUUCGAGUCCUAAUGGAGCACAGAUGUUUAGUGGUCCUUCAUAAUGGAAGCAAUGAUAUGGUUGACUUCAGUGGUUUUGGCAUUCCCCAACCUGAACUAUUCGGCACCAUAGUUCUGUGGACCUUCAGGGGGAGGCUUCGGCUCAACCAAGGAAUUAACAAAAAGGUGGAUAAUUCACAUCUUUACCUUCAUAACUAUGUUCACAAUUAUACCAAGUGGAACCUUUUGCUACACAAAGAGGUUAGUGAAAUUGCUCAAUACACAUGUAAGCUUGGGGCAACCCCAGAAAUAGCUGAAGAGUGUUGCUUGUAUCUGCUGUCAUUAAAUAACAAUGGCGGCGACAUUAUGGACUACAACUGGGUUACACAUGCUUCCAACUAUUGGGUCUGUGAUGGGAUCAUACAAGCAGGAGGUCAGUUUGACCAAGCAUGGGAGGUUGCUGCUGCUCUACAUCAAGAGAUACAUCUAGAAGAUUAUUCAUCAAAUAUACUGUCUGAUUUUGGUCAUAGGUUGCGGACUCCUCAAGAACGAUGGAUAUUUGCCACCAAAUCUACUGUGGAAGACAGUGUGACUUUACCUCGAGAGUCAACAUCAUUCUUCUUUGUAGAUAAAAGUGGAUCUGGUCCUCCAAGAGCAUCAUUACCCAAUGGCAUGUUUCAUCAAUCUGACAUGCUUCGUGUGCUAAGAUUAUGUCGCUGCACCUUCAAUUUCUCUUCACCACCUUUCCAUUGUUGCCGCAACCUAAGGUUCCUUGGAUUAGAUCUAUGCAAGGAUCAACCACAAUCAGACGAUGAGAAGAAAGAGAUAUCAGAAAUGGAUUAUGUUCAAAGCCUAUGGGUGGUGGACAUAUGCAACACAGACUGGGAAUUGACUCAAUCACCGGAGAUAAUAGAGCAGAUGUCCGCAAAAAUUAGGGAGGUACAUACAAAGAAGGGACUGUUUUGGCACCGCAAUUUUGCUUGGGGGAAAUUGAAGAACCUUCUCAAGCUUCGAGUAAUAGAGCCUACAUGCCCGUGGGAGACAAGAGAAAUGGAUGGAUUCACUGAUAUGGUGAAGUUGGAGCUCCUCGACCUGUCCAAGAAUACAUCAAUACAUGUUUUGCCAAGUCUGUUAGGGGCAGCAAGCCUCAAGACUUUGGUUCUAGAUGGUUGUGUUGGGUUGGAGCAUGUUGAAGGUCUCCCUCCAUCACUUGAAUCAUUCAGCUUAGCAGUAGGAGAAGCAGAGAAGAUGACCCACAUCUCCAUGGCUGGAUGUGCAAGAAUGGUUGACUUCACGCUAUGUGGAUCAUUUCCAAGACUUGCGGAGCUGGACCUCUCAGGCACAAAAGUCAAAACACUUGACCUCAAAGAUCAGGUAGUGCACGUCCCACAUCUCCAGCGAGUCAUGCUGUUGGGAUGUGAACAACUCUGUGCUAUACUUUGGCCAGAAAAGGGGAUGCCCCAUCUAAGUGUGUUAUGCAUUGAUAAGCGCGGAGGAGGAGGAGGAGCAGAGGUCAGAAGAAUACUACCAGAUUCUAAGAAGUUAACAUAUUUUCAAUCGUAUGUUGCUAUAACGGACAUGAGAUUCAUUCAGUCAUUGGUGCUACGAAGUUGCAAUCGGUUUUCUUGGAAUACCAAUAGAUUGAAUCUACACCUCUGCAUAUCUGGUAGUAGCACGAAUGGUGGACAGAGUUACAACAAGGAGAAGAUGGGCCCUUCUAGCAUCGGGAAAAUAAUUGGGCCACCCCUACCAAAUUCAUCAAUCCUCAAUCCUUCUUACCACACCUACACUGAUGUCACUACUGACAGCAUAACUAUUGAUCCUGACUACCACAGUGCACCAAAGUUUCAGCCAUUGGGCCGCUGUCAUGUGGAGAUUGGUGAGGAAAUUAUCAACACUAAUGUGAAGAGUGUACAAGGAAUCAAACCUAUCAUAUUUGUGAUGAAUGAGGCUGAGUCGUUGCAUGUGCAUGACAAUUCUUCAAUCACCACUAUUAUCUCUCAACACAUGAUCUCCAUUGGAGUGGAGAGAGAAAUUUUCUGGCGACAUCUGACAUGUUGCCUUGUGGAGAGAUGCCCAAAGCUGCACACAGUCUUCAUUACUAACUACAAUAUCGCCUGCUUUCAUGAACUAGAGACAUUUUGGGCGGCUGAUCUCCGGAUGGCCCACUGCAUUUGGAGCAAAGGAAGGAUGGACGAUGGAGAGGACACUGAUACCUUUGCAAAACUUCGGAGCAUACACCUCUACUACUGCCCAAGGCUCACAUUUAUCCUCCCACUGUCAUGGUUCUACACCUUGAGCAGCUUGGAGACACUCCACAUCAUCAACUGUGGUGAUCUCAGGCAGGUAUUCCCCGUGGAGGUAGAGUUUCUGAGAAGAAUAGCUACCAACCACCAAGAUGGCGUUCUAGAAUGUGGUUGUAAACCUGAAACACUCGACAGUUUCGUCAGUUAA